UUCAGUUCGACACGUCAGGCGGCGAUAUGGGCAGCACGUCGGCCGUCGCGUACGCGUUGUUAAUGUGGCUAUCAGUCACAGAAACCGUGUUAUCAAGUAAACAACGCAACGUUCUUAUACUGCUUGCGGACGAUGGCGGUUUCGAGCUGGGCGCGUACAACAACAAAAUCUGCCAGACGCCAAACAUCGACGCAUUGGCGCGCCGCAGCGUCAUAUUUAACAACGCCUUCACUUCUGUUAGCAGUUGCUCGCCCAGCCGUGCAGCAUUGCUAACUGGCAAACCGAGCCACCAAAAUGGCAUGUACGGGCUACACCACAGCGUGCAUCACUUCAACUCCUUUGACAACAUCACCAGCUUACCAAAUAUACUUAAGGGCCAAGGAAUAUAUACCGGUAUAAUCGGCAAGAAGCACAUAGGGCCGAAGAAGGUGUACAAGUUCGACUUCGAACAGACGGAGGAGAACAACCACGUUAACAUGGUGGGGCGCAACAUCACGCACAUGAAGCUGCUGACCAGGACGUUCCUGCAGCUGGCCAAACAGGAGAAUAAACCAUUCUUCCUUUACAUCGGGUUCCACGACCCGCACCGCUGCGCGCACAGCACGCCGGAGUACGGCGCGUUCUGCGAGCGCUACGGCAGCGGCCAGCCCGGCAUGGGCCGCGUCGCCGACUGGACGCCCUGGUACUACCAGUGGGACGAGAUUGAGCUGCCCUUCCAUAUACAGGACACAGAAGCGGCCCGAAGAGAUGUAGCUGCUCAGUACACUGCCAUUUCGAGGCUGGAUCAAGGCGUGGGCUUAAUCCUCAAAGAGCUAGCAGCAGCUGGUCACGGCGACGACACGCUGAUAAUCUACACCUCCGACAACGGCAUCCCGUUCCCGUCCGGGCGCACCAACUUCUACGAGCCCGGGCUCCGCGAGCCGCUCCUCGUGGCGUCCCCGCGAGCCCCGCGCAGGGACGAGGCUUCCUACGCGCUGGUCAGCCUGCUGGACAUCAUGCCGACCGUGUUGGACUGGUUCGGAGUACAGUGGGAGCAUGAGGAAAGCAAUGAUAUUUGGCAGGAUGAUACGCCUAAGAGUUUGCUGCCGAUUUUGGAAAAGGAGCCGCUGCCGUCGGACUUGGACGCGGUGUUCGCGUCGCAGACGCACCACGAGAUCACGAUGUACUACCCGAUGCGCGCCGUGCGCACGCGGCGCUACAAGCUCAUACACAACCUCAACUACGGGAUGCCGUUCCCUAUUGACCAGGAUCUCUAUCUGUCUCCUACUUUCCAGGACCUCCUGAACCGCACCCGCUCCAAGCAGCAGCUGCCGUGGUACAAGACCCUGGGGCAGUACUACUACCGCCCGCAGUGGGAGCUCUACGACAUCCGAGCGGACCCCACCGAGUCUAAUAAUUUACACGGUGAGCCCGCACUGGAGCACGUGGAGGCGUCUCUGCGCGAGCGCCUGACGAGCUGGCAACGCGCCACGCGCGACCCCUGGCUGUGCUCGCCCGACGCAGUGGAGGAGAGCGAGCAAUGCCGGAGUUUGGACAACUCGAUAAUAAAGUGUCUGCUCUAGCUACCUUUCACAAUAUCGUGACGUUAUCCAAAGAGCAUAUAAUCACUACGUUUUAACGUUAUCUACGAAAGUGUACCGGAAUGCAAGGCGUUGGUACGCUUAUUCGUCAACAAUAUCACGCAACUGCUCCAUAAAUGCCAGUAUUACGUUUCGUUUACAACUAACGUAACAUCAUCGAUCAAUGCAAUUUAUCGCGUGACAAGAUUUAUGACAAAGUGGUCAUGCUAGUCGUUCCGGUAGGAACAUUGCUUUAUACAACCCUAUAUUUUACUAUGUAUAAUUUUGUACUAAAAUGACAGGUCGGUUAAGUUAGGUUAUCUUUGGACAAAUUGGAAAAUUGAGCUGUCCUUUUAAGGGGCUCCCCCGGUUUUCAUCGAUUUUUGACCCAUUACCUUUUUACCACUACAGAUAAAAUUAUAAGACGAACGGAUAUCGGUUCUUCAAUCUUUUAUUUCCAUUCUUGUCUACCGGAUUUUGAAAGAAAUUAAUACUUAUUUAAGUAAGUAUUAUGUUUUUUUAAACAUUGUCUCAUUAAUCACUUUUUUCUCGAUUCUUGUGGAUCUCACAUAAACGAAAUCUACAUAGUUGGGUUCGUCUUUAACGUCUCCAAAAACUGGUCAGAGAUUUUAAUUUUAAACUAAUUAACACAAAAUUUGUGGCCAGAAAACCAGUUGUUGGCCAAAAAUUGUUCAAUUUUGAUGCCAAAUAUCGAAGACAAUGAACUUUGAAGUAAAUAUGAGAUACUAUAGUCUAUAUUGUAUAAAGCCGAUGAUGUUAAUAUGAUAAGCUGCAAAAACCAUAAGAAAACGAAGGGAUUCAGAUAGAAGGUCUUUGGCGCCAGGGAGCCCCUUAAUAUCUGAGAUAUAAAAACAAGACAAGGUCUUCUUUGUGAUUAAAUUUUUUAACUUAUAUUUAGGUAGGUAGUUGAAAUACCAAUUAGUAUUCACUGAGGGAAGAAUAACCAUGCUAUCCUAACCAAACAUACCUACGUACAUUUUUGAUGAAAUUUCCAUUUCGGGAGAAAACCGUUUCUACUUACUAAAUCUUAACAAGUCACUUUGAUUUUGAUCUCUCCAACAUAGUAUAUUCUAGGUUUCGCUUAAUAAAAAACAUUUAUUUCAGACCAGGUUGAUCCAUAUAGGAAAAAAAUACAGUUUUUAUAAAACAAAUGGCUUAAUUCAACCAAAUUUUACUAUUUGUUCCCUCUUAUGAAAUAAUUGUGUUACAAACAAUAAUACUCAAUACUCAUGAUCUUUGAACUUAAAUAAAUGUUUAUAAUAAGACAUAAUCACAUAAAUUUAAUAAAAAUGUAAUAAAUGUUGUGUGUAUGCUACUGCUACUUGAUCUGUACUCAAAUCUUGCCAGAAGGUAUGUGUCAACUGUGUGUAUGGUCUGUCGUACAGCUAUUUUAGUCUUAGAAUGUACUGGAAUAAGAUUUAUAUGUCAUGUUUUAUUUUUUACACUAAAUUAAGUAUUUCUAUUUUAGUAUUCCCUAAACCUAACUUUAUAUAACAAUAGACUGUUUCUUAGAACUGAAAAUAUAAACACCAUCUCAAUGUAUCGUAACUCUUUAUUUUACAAUACUGUUUACAUGUAAUAAAAAUAAAAUCA